UUUUGAAAUGUCAGGAGAACCAAAAAAUCAAGAACCGAGUAGCGCUGUUGAGUACCAUCAUAAAUGUCGAAUUCCUCAGCGUUUGGCGCCUGGGCGGCAGCGGCCACCCAAAUCCAAAGCUCCGAGUGUUGAUGCAAAAAAUAAAGUCGAUGUUGUGACAUCGCAUCAACCAAGCAAUGGCGUCGUGAGGUGUAAGACUCGGCCAAAUUCGAGUGAGUCCCGGCCGAAGUCUGUGAGCCGAGCUACCAAUGAAGUGGGAGAGCCAGCAGAUUUCGCAGCGACAACGCUGGCGUCUAGAUCCUCUCGACCGGAGCGGGACCGGUGUUCAAUGACUCAGAAGAAACCGGCUAAAAGAGCUUUAAAUGAGAAAUUUCACGAUACAUCAUUAAAUAUCAAAGCGGGCAGACAAAUUAUUACAGUACCAUUAAAACAGAAAACCAAAGCUACAUACCAUAACAAAAUGUCAUCAAAUCUCCCUGACCAGGAAACAAUAAAGAAAUAUGAAGACUUAGAAUUACAGCAAGAAGAUUUUUCUGAUGCAGCUCAUAUGUACAAUAGUGUCAACGACAUAUUUAUGGAUUUUAAUGAAGAUGAGUCUAUCCCGUCGCAAAGUGAUAAAAUAUUGCAGUUACAAAAUAGCUGGCAAGAAAAAAUUGUGCAAUUUGAAGAGAUGAAAAGUGAACUAAACGAUCGACAGAAUGAAAUAUUGGAAGUAUACGCAUCAUUGAGAAAUGCUAAACAGAAGUUAAUGUCAAUGGGACAUGAAACUGAACUGCCCACGACAGACGACCUACGCAUUAUGAAUGUUGCCAAUAUGAGUGCAAAUCAGCUACUCCAAUUAUGUGCAGAAUCUAAAAGUCGAAGAGAUGAUAACCUAACUAAAAAUUCUGUGGUCAUUGAUCUGAAAAAAUUUAACGAGAUUCCGUUAAAAUUAGUGGCUACCUGUGAGCAAACGAUAGCGACAAGAAAAGAUAUGAUCGAUUGGUUUGAAAAAUUAAAAAAUCAAGAGCAGGGUUGCCCAAAGAGCAGUCUUUCAAAAAAGAUAAACGAGUUUAAUGCAGAGAGCGAAAUGUUGAGUUGCACAUUAACGACAGUCAAAAAUGAAUUUCUUAAUGAAUUGAAUGACAUUCUAAGAUCUUGUUUGAAUGAGAGAGUAGCCCUCCAACUGCGGAUCGAAGAAUUCACUUACGAAGUAUCAGAAUUAAAUUCCCAGAACGCAGAUCUCAAAAAGCAAUUAUAUAAUGCCGAAAAACAGAAGACACAUAUUAACAAAAAAAUAAUCGAGGAACUCGAAAAAGAGCUGAAAGAUGAAAAGUUUAAGAAAAUGAGAAUUCGAGAUCACUUAUCGCGAGCUGAAGGGCAAGUAAAAAUUGAAGCAGAGCGUUCGUCACUAUUAGAAGCGGCUCUGAAUCAAACACGCUCACAAACACGAAUUUUAGAACGGACUGUACAACAACUACAUGAGCAGAAUAAGCAACUGCAAAAAGAUUUUGGUGAUGAACUGAAUAAAUUAAAAGCAACCAUGAAAACAAAUACAACCCAUUUAGAGGAGAUUGCUACAGCAAGACAAACCUUGCAAAACGAGAAAGAAGAUCUAAAGAAAAAGCUUGAAGAACUCUCUUUUCAUUAUAACGAAUCCCUUGCUACGAUGAAAGAAGAUCUUAAUAAAAAUGUCGGUAAACUUAUAGACGUUGAAAAAAAAUACAACGAUGAAAUUGAAGAAAAAAAGAAAUUACAUAGAACUAUAGAAUCUCAAUGCGCUCAUUUACUAGAAUAUGAAUUAAGUCAUAAAGAAAUAUUAAAAAAGUGUCAACAAACAGAAAGAAAUUCAAAUGAAUUUAUCCACUAUAAAGAAGAUUAUGAACGAACGAAGCACGAGCUUGAUGAAACCAAUGCUAAUUUAGAAAAACACAAGAAGCUAAUUUUGGAACAGGAUAAGAAAAUCAUGGAAAUUGAGGGCAACUUAAAAAUUUCAUAUGAAUUAGAAAAUAAAAUAAAAGGUGAGAUAGCAAAUAAGGAAGAUUAUAUAGCAACACUUGAAUUAAAACACGCCUUGCUACAGCAACAAUACCUAGAAAGCGAACGCAAAAUGCAAGUUUACGAGGACCAACUUACAACCCUUAAAAACCAUUUAUCAAACCUACAGGAACAUUUUAUUGAAUUCGAAAAUCUAAAUGAACUUCGCGAUUUGGUGAAUCGACAAAAUAUUAAGCUGGCUGAAACGAGGCGUAAAAAUAAAGAACUAUCGGAAGAAUUAGAAAAAAAGCAAAAUAACUUAAAAGAAUUGGUGGAAAGCGUAACUGAGCUUGAGGGAUUAAUUGAUCAGAAGCAAAGUGUAUUGCAAAAACUAUCUGAACAAAAAGAAGAACAGUCAAGUGUUUUAAAAUUAAAUCAAGUAAUUUGUGAAAAGAACGCUGAAAUCAAUUCUCUUAUUAAGAAUAUAGAAGCAAGAAAAGAACAAAUAUCUCAAUUAGAGAAGAUAAUUCUUACGAUGGAAGACCAAAAUAGAAGAGGUGCUAUUCAAAAAAGAAGAGACUGUGAUAAAAUACAUGCUCUUGAAGAAAAAAUUGCCAAAUUGAAUCACUAUACAUCCAAUCAAGACAGCCAGUUCGCUGGCCCAGAAAAUCUAGAUAAUCUAAUAAAAACUCUCGAAGAUGAACUAGGAACUCCAUUAGAAUCACCGUUAAUAACAAUGAAUCACGUUUCUGAUUGCAGAGGAAAUGAAAACAUUAGUAUUCGCAAUGAGAACAUUCAUGAGGAUCGGUGCUAUGAAAAGGAGUCCAACUAUCAACAGAAUGCCAAAGCUAUGCCUACUAAAAGAGUAAUGGGCAACUUUAUUAAGAAAACGUACAUACCAAAUAACGAUGAUAAAUAUAAAAACGAUAAUUAUUUUCCUUGUAAAGAAGCCAUAAUAAAUAAACAGAAGUGGAUAUCAGAAGAUGAUGCCGAAAAUAAGAUUGCUUUUAUAGAUAAUAAUUUACUGUACGAGGGUGGAUCAUUACAACAUAGGCAUGCAAAAGGAAGAUUAUUAAAAAAAUUGCAAUAUGUUCUGCCUACUGAAGAAAAAGGAGAUAAAAAAUGCAAAAUGUUUAAAUUUGCAAGUCACCGAAUAUCAUAA